AUGCAGAUGCGCCAGGACGGGCUUGAGCUCACCGUGGUAGGCGGAGGCGUGGUGUCCAAGCGCAUGAAGCACCACAAGCAGCCCUACUCUGCCGAGCAGUUGGUGACGAGGGGUGUGAUGGCCCUGGCCCAGCCCAUCGAUGUCCAGGGCGACUCGCCAUACAGCUACGUGUCCGUGAUCGGCGUCAACUCUGCGUACAUGGCCAAGUUCCUGGCCUCCGCCACAGUCAUCAAGGAGCGCGUCAUGGGGCACCGCACCAAGGGUUUGGGGGAGGACGUGGGCCGCGGCGCUGCAGGCGGCGGUGCGGCGUUCCAGGGCGCGCAGCCGGAACGGCUGCCGGAGCUGCCGGAUUGGGGCGUCUGGGCUGGGGUGGCGCUCAGCGAGGUGGCCAAGCAGGCGCUGAUGGCGCAAAACUACACUCCCACGGCCCUGCUCCGCACGCUGCAGCUAGACGGUGCGGAGCAGGUGCGCAAGGCCCUGGCCAAAGUGGAUGGUGUGGGCAUCAUCCAUGCCAACGCCAUCGUCGACGCGCUUGCGGCGCAUGCAGAGGGCGGCGCGGCGCUGCAGCUGCCAGGCCCUGCUCCAUCGCAUCUGGUGCAGCACGGACAACCGGAGCUUGUACUGGGGGGCGCCGACAACGCCAACCUGCUGGCGGUGCAGCAGCCAGCUGUUGCAGCAGGGCAGCAGCAGCUGGUACAGCAGCAGCAUCAGGACUCGCAGGCGGCUGCGGCAAUGCAGCAGCAGCAGCAGCAGAUGCUCCAGGUGGUGCAGCAGCAGCAGCAGCAGCAGCAGUCGUCCCAGGAUGUGCAGUGGCAGCAGCUGCAGCAGCAGUACCUGGGGGGCGCGAUUGACUACGCCAGCCUGGCACCCGCGCGCAACCCCCUGCCGGAGGGCGCGCCCGACUUCGCUGCCAACCAGCUGGCGGCGCACGAGCCUCUGGCAGCGGCGGCGGCAGCGGCGGCGGCAGCGGCGGCGGCAGCGGCGGCGGCAGCGGCGGCAGCGCAGCAGCAGAUGCUUCGCUUGCUGGGGGGGCCGCUGGGGCCAGGGUUGCUGGAGGUGCUGGGGCCAGGGCUGCUGGGGCAAGGGCAGGAGGCGCAGCACAUGGCGGCGGGAGUGGCGCCCUUUUACCAUGGCCUGCAAUAUUGA